UCUUACAAUCACACCAAUCUCAUUUCUCUAUUUCAUCCAAGAACAACCAAUCAAUCAAAGAGUUUUUCACUUCACAUACUUAGUUUUUAUUCUUAAUUCAGAUUCAGCUUUCAUCAUGUCUGACAAAAAAGAGUACAACGAAGAGGUUGUCGAGAAGGCCGAUCGUGGACUGUUCGAUAUUUUUGGGACGAAAGCCGAAGAGAAGAAAGGCGAAGAGGCGGCGAUCUCAUCGGAGUUCGAACAGAAAGUUCAAGUCUCUCACCCGGAACCGGAGGAGAAUAAGGAAAGCUUGCCUGACAAACUUCAUAAAUCCGAUAGCCAUUCCAGUAGCUCGAGUGACGAAGAGUGUGAUGAAAGCGGAGAGAAGAAGAAGAAGAAGAAGCCAUUGAAGGAGAAGAUCACGAAACCUGAGGAGAAGAAGGGUUUCAUUGAAAAGAUCAAGGAGAAGCUUCCUGGUGGCCAUAAGAAGGAGGAGGAGGAGCAUGCUGAUGAAGGUGAACAUAAGGAGAAAAAAGGUAUUUUUGAGAAAAUAAAAGAGAAAAUCCCAGGGUAUCAUUCAAAGAGUGAUGAAGAAAAGGAAAAAGAAAAGGUGAAGGAGAGUGAUUAAGCAUUAUAUUUUGCAGAAGCAAAAGAGAAAUGGGUUUGUGGGUUUGCUUGCUUUGAAAUUUAUUGUUCGCUGUUUAUGUGAUUUGAGAUGUAAAGUUCAUUUAUUGUUAUUCAUGAUUAUUUGUAUCAUAUAGAAUCUUGCUUGUUUGUACACUUCAAAUAUUUGAUUAAGUUGGAUUAUAUGGUUAUAUUUUAUCUUUGAUUUGA